AUGACGCCACUCCACGCGUUGUCGCGUUUCGAGUGUUGCUCGAUUGAGAAAUUAGUACUUCACCCGUGCCACAUCGGCGAGCGUCCGUGCCCCGCCGUCUUCGCCGCCUGCUUUCGCUGCCGGAACACCUUCAUCGGGCUGGGAAAGUGCCACCUCCGCCCCGAUUUCCUCUUCGCCUCCUCUUCUCGCACGCCCCCUCCGCUCAUCGACGAACGCCCCGCAGCCACCGUCCUGGAUCGGAACAGCCCUAGCGGCGGAAUGACCUUCUUGCCCUCCCCCGCCGACCUCGAGAAUGGCCAGAAGAAGGCCCAGCCCCUUCUCCCGCCCCUUUCCGUCGAGGAAGGCGACGGAUCGUCGCACGCGGCAGGAGCGGCGGCCACCGAUCGCGACCGAACGAGAGGGAUCCCGACCGAACGCGACCGCCGGAAGGCCGGCUCGCUGGCGAUGAGCCGGGAGACGGUCCCUACCGGUCCUAAACCGGCUUCAUCGCCGGAAAUCCAUCGGCAUGAUCUGGAGGAUCCGGAAGAGGAGGAGCGGGAGGAGGAAGGCGAGGCGAAGCAGCCGCAGGGGCGGAGGCCCGCACAGUGGGGACAGAGGCGGAGAAGGCGAUCGCGGAGGCAAGAUGCGCAGACUCCUCCGGGAGACUGCAUCGGGUGUUUCCAGCACCUCCACCCGGUCUCCUCCUCCACCACCACCACCGCCUUCUCCUUCAUAUCGACCUCCUCCGCCGCCUUCCCCUUCUCAGCCGGUGCGAUCGUUAACGCCUCCAUCCCAACAUCCUCAUCUUCCCUCCACCAUGGAAAAGCCACAGCCGGAACAGAUCCCCCACCGCCUCUCAUCCUUCCUCCGAUCCGCUGCCAGAUCCAGUUCCUCACUCCGUCACUCGACGGCUUUGUUUCUGUUAUGCCACCGUCUUCAUCAGCCGUCCAUCAACUGGCGGAGGUGGCAGGGUCGUGCAGAACUCCCGCCACUCCGCGUUCUUAGGACCCGGCUGGAGGGCGCGAUCCAGCGAUGGCCCACCAAAUGGACGGUACAGAUUCAAUAACAUGACGGGUACGAGAGCGUACGAGACGCGGAGGUUGUUGGCGUACGUUGCUGUCCACGUAUUGCUCGCCAAUUGUCUACCGCACAUCAUCGACGAGUCCAGAUUCUGGUUAAAAAAUAACGAUUAGA